AAUUUAGCAUCUCAUUUUCGUACCAUUAGCUCGGGUACACCGUACAGCACUGCUCCACCGCGGCGCCGUCGGCCUAGCUAGCGCUCGUAUCGCGAUCGUACUGCGCAAUUGCAUUCUCGCAGUAAUAACAUUUUAUUUGUACACACGGGACACGACCUUCGUUCCUCAGAAGCAGCUGUUAGUGUAAAUCAUUCUUUUAAAAUCAUUGUCGCUCUCAAUCACCAUCACUGUUGUUUCUAAACGUUCACAGGUCCUUCACAAUGACCUUAUUAUUGGCCUUAUUGGCGGUCUUGCCAUUUUUUUCGUCGGUUUUGGGAGAGCCGAUAACAGCGACAAGUGAGUUCCCCGGAUCAGACUAUCAAUGGGAACAUCAUGAUCAGGAGGCUCUUUAUCAGAUAUUGAGAGACACAAACGAAGAAUGCCCCGAAAUUACAAGGAUUUAUUCCGCUGGAGAAAGUGUUGAAGAAGAGGAUUUAUGGGUUAUCGAAAUAUCUGAUAAUCCUGGUAAACAUGAAGUUGGUGAACCUGAAUUCAAGUACAUCGGCAACAUGCACGGCAACGAGGUCGUAGGUCGUGAGAUGCUUCUUCUGUUGAUCCCGUACCUGUGUAAGAACUAUGAGACGGAUCCUGACAUCAAGUGGCUUGUAGACAACACCCGAAUCCACAUCAUGCCAACCAUGAAUCCUGAUGGCUACGCUGCCGCCCUUGAACAGUUGGAGGAAAGAGGAGAAAACGCCUGGUCCACGGGCAGAGCCAAUGCGCACGAAGUAGAUCUGAACCGAAACUUUCCCGAUCUGGAUCGCAUCAUCUUCGGUCGGAGAGCUGACCGGUUCCCAAGGAGACAUGGCCUCAACAACCACAUCACCAGUCACGUAGACCCAAGACAGUUGGAGCCGGAAACCCGGGCCAUCAUGUCGUGGCUACAGGAGUACCCCUUCAUUCUGUCCGCUAACCUACACGGUGGCGAUAUCGUUGCCAACUACCCCUACGACUCCAGCCACGACGGCAAAGCCAACUACGAGGCCUCGCCCGACGACCAAGUCUUCCGACAGGUAUCUCUUGCCUACGCAACGCCACACCCGGUGAUGUCCGACCCGAACCGCGAACAGUGUGACAUUGGGGGUGAGGAUGCCUUCAAGAAAGGCAUCACAAAUGGCGCCGAUUGGUACCCCCUCAAAGGAGGUAUGCAGGACUACAACUACCUCCAUACCAAUUGCUUUGAGAUCACCAUUGAAUUGAGCUGCAAGAAGUUCCCCUCUAAUCCUAAUGACUAUGAAGAGUUCUGGGGAGACAACAAACAGUCUCUGCUCGACUACAUCCGACAGGCACACAGUGGUAUCAAGGGCACAGUGACAGAUGAGAAUGGAGUUGGAAUUGAUGACGCCAAAAUCAAAGUUUGGGAACUAACUGGGCCAGCAUCUGAAGAACAUUACAUAGAUCAUGACAUCACAACAGCCGAUGAUGGCGACUUCUGGAGACUUCUUGUCCCCGGUACCUACAAGGUGGAGGCUGAGGCGUGCGGCUUUCACGCUGUGAACAAGACGUGCACCGUCGCCGAGCCAGGGACCAACGUGGAGGCCAGCGAUUGCAGCUUCCAGCUAGAAGAAGAUAAUAGCACCGAGGGCUGCUCGAUAGAAGAACUGGAGAGUUUCCUCAUGAAUCGACUUUAUCCCACCUACUAAACCCCUUUGCCCCUCAUCACAAUCCAGAUUAACCCUGUGAAGGUUUAAUGUGAUUGCUUCUUUCUCUGUUUAUUUUUGAAGAUUUUUUUUUUUUUUUUCUGCUAGAGAUGAAAGAAAGCAAUAAUCCAAUUAGUCAGUGAUAUGUAUAUAUUGAUUAUUCCAAAUAUCAUGUCACUAUUUUUUAUGAAGAGAGUGCAUUCCACUGCUAUGAAGUAGACAUGUCGUAACAUAUGUAAUAAUUGUAUUUUCACAUAUUAUAUAAUUAAUACAUUUUCCUUCUCUCUCUCUCUCUGUCUCACUCUUUCUCAUGCUCACUCACUCUUUCUCUAUCACUCUCUUCAGUUCACUUCAACUCAGUUUUAUUUUUUUUGCUCCUUUUUUUCUUAAUUCCCUAAAACUUGUCCAUUAUAUCUUGCAAGUACUGUAAAUUUGUGUAUGUUUCAGUCUUGUAACUUUCCUAAAUCAUUGGUGGGAUGUUUUGCGAUUCAAUUUCUUUCGAUUUUUCCCCUUAUUUUGUAGCUAUGGACCAAUUUGAUGUUCAGAUAAACCUGAUAAGGCGUGUAUAUCAGUAAAAAGUGUGCUACAAGAAAAAUGUAUAAGGAACAUCGUUAAAUAUCAAAGAUUUUUUGCUCUAUUUAAUAAAAACAGAUUAAAUUGUGACAAAGUUAUAUCACCAUGAUAUAAAUGCAAAAAUACUUAACUGCCCAUGUGGCAUUUGCAUUAUGAGUAGGCCUAUGUGCUUGAGAUGGUGGACUUUAAAAUUCAGUACUCUUGAUACGAUCGGAUGUGUCCAAAAAUAUGUAACUACUGUAUACAUAGUAAAAGUAAGUGUAUCCAGUAGAGUAUUUUUAUAUAAUUGCCGUCUACAUGGAAAUGCUUGCUUAGGAGCAUUUAUAGAAGUCCAAUCAUUAUGGUUUUUGUUUUUUUCUGUUUUUAAUCAAGGUGAUUCUACUAUAUAAUUAGUACUAGGGCUUUGAUUUCAAGAUACAUGUACGAAUAUCUUUCAUUCAGCUCGAGUCCAAACAUACAUUCCUCUUCACUGCUGGAAGUAUGUAAAUUGUAUUCAAGUAUCUUCAAACACGGUAUAUUCUUUCAUUUUCUUUCAAUCAAUCAGGGAAAACUAACACAAAACAAACUAACCAACUACAUGUAUUCAAUUUAAGUUGCAUGCCAUGAUGAGUGUGGAUUAUUUUAAAGGAAAUGGUGGUUGGAGAAUUUGCGAAAAAUGAGUUUCAAAUCCUGAAUACCGGUAGUUCAUGAUGUAGGAGCAAUUGUGAUUGUUGACACUCAUGCAAGAGGUCAUGGGUUUAAUCAUUUGCUUUCUGCUUUUAAAGCUUAUCUGAACUAGUUUGGCCAGGAGGAUUAGACCUCCCUGCAAGGUCACUGACAGGUGGUUAUCUCAUCAAAUCAGCUCUCAAUUACAUA